UGGUGCGUUUGCGCCGCCUGUCUUGAAAGGGAGGUGAGGAAUAGUUUACUUUUCAGAGUUCAAGGUUUCGUUUCGGUGUUCGUUUGGAGCAAAAGGGUUUUGCCGAGGCAGAAAGCCCCUUUUCACAAGAUGCUGAACAUGUGGAAAGUUCGGGAGUUGGUUGACAAAGCCACCAACGUAGUGAUGAACUACUCGGAGGUGGAGUCUAAAGUCAGAGAAGCCACCAAUGAUGACCCUUGGGGACCAUCAGGACAGCUAAUGACUGAAAUUUCAAGAGCCACCUUCAUGUACGAGCAAUUCCCAGAGGUGAUGAACAUGCUGUGGGCUCGCAUGCUGAGGGACAACAAGAAGAACUGGAGGAGAGUCUACAAGUCCCUAUUAUUGUUGGCCCAUCUAAUCAGAAAUGGAUCAGAGAGGGUUGUAACCAGCACCAGAGAACACCUGUAUGACCUGAGAUCGUUAGAAAGUUACCAUUUUGUAGAUGAGAAUGGGAAGGAUCAGGGAGUAAAUGUGCGUCAGAAGGUGAAGGAAAUUGUGGAGUUUGUUCAGGAUGACGACCGACUUAGGGAAGAACGAAAAAAGGCAAAAAAGAACAAAGACAAAUACGUUGGGGUAUCCUCCAACGCUAUGGGGUAUAAAGGUUAUUCUGGCGACAGAUACGACUCCAGUGAGAACCGAGGAAAGUGGGACGAUGACUGGGACAAAAGUAAAGGACCUUUUCCCUUCAGUGAAAAGUUUGGGGAGCUCAAGGACACAAUUGGUAGCACUAUUGAUGAUACCAUAAACAGGUUCAGGAAGAAGGACAGAGAUGACUCACCAGAACGAUUCAGUGACCACGAAGAGGACCGCGAUCGUUCGUCUUACAACGGUCGGUCGAAGAAAGAGUUCAAGGAUGAAGAGGAGACUGUUACAACCAAGAGCGUACAGAUCGUCCAGGCAACAGAAACAACAGCAACACGAAAGAAAGGGGUACCGUCUAAAAAGGUGGACCUGGGAGCUGCAGCUAACUACACAGGAGACAAGAGCCCAGAAACCACUGCCAAACAGACCCAGCCAGCAGCUGCUCCCCAGCCUUCCAGCAGCAGCAUAGCUGACCUAUUAAUGGUGGACACCACACCUAGUCAGCCUGCUGCCACAGACUUUGUUGGUGGAUUUGCUGAGUUCGCCUCGUCUUCUGCCUCAGCUGGACCGUCCUCAGGAUCUGCUACGACCUCUAGCACCAAUGGAGAGUUUGGUGAGUGGAAUGCCUUUCCUGGAGGUCAGAUGCCAGCAUCUGCUCAGCGUGCUGACAUAAGUGGAAAUGACUUUUUUGGAGCCAUGACAGCAGUUUCUCCCACUGCCCCUGCGCCUGCCACGGUUCUCGCUCCAGCCUCUGGUCUCGCUUCAGCAGACCUGUUUGACUUGAUGGCACCAACUCAAUCCAUCACCUCCUCCCAGAGCCUCAACUUCAGCAUGAACAGCACACAGAGCAUGAGCACCACAGUCUUUCCACAGUCCAUGUCACAGAACAUGGGGGGUCCUCUACAACCACAGCUGGUGCAGCAUGGAGGGGCCUCUCAAAGCGCAGGAGCCAAAGCGUCUCUCCCGUCCACCUGGUCGGAUCACUCUGUUAACAUCAGCCUGGACUUUCUGGGCCCAGGCAUGACUCCUCCUAAGCCAAGCCAGCCUAGUCUCAACACCCUCCAGCAAGGCCAUCCAGCACCUGCCAACAUGCUCUCCCAGGGAUUUUCAAAUAUGAGUAUUGGAGCAACGACAGUCAGGCCACCUGUUAAUACCAUGAUGCACCCUGGUGCUAGCAUGGGGAUGGGCAUGGCUCCUAACCAAGGCAUGAUGGGGAUGGGCAUGAACAUGGGGAUGCCACAGGCAGGUAUGACCAUGGGGAUGCCUGGUGCCAUGGGGAUGGGAAUGGGGAUGAACCCUCAAAUGAUCCAACAGCCCAAACACGAUGCCUUUGCUGACUUUGGCAACUUUGGAAAGUAAUGGAAGCGGCAAGCAAAGAUUAUCAGAAGUGGUGGCAGUUUCUUGCCGUCCAUUGGUGAAGGAUCAUCAUGAGCUCCAAACAAAGAGUACUUGAAAUAUCGUCAGCUAUCUUCUUACCAACACCCUGCAAUCUGUUUUUUUUAAAGUUAUGUAGUGAUGUGGAUCUAAAUGAAUGUGUUGAUUGAACCAAUGAUCUGUGCGGUCUAGGAUGGUGGUUAGACAGACUCACUGGUGUGUCGUUUGAUUCACGAGUCGAUGAGAAAAGUGCCUGAGAAAGUAGGGAUUUGCUUUAUAACCUCAAAUCAAGUGAAAUCAGAUUAGUGAAAAACAUUAGCUGCAGGACUUUUUUGUUGCUGUUGUUGUUGAGAACACCUUCUCAAUAUCUUAAUCGUACAUUUGGGUUACACCAUCGGCCAUUUUAACUUUCUAACGUAUAUCGAAGAAUGUCAAGUUACCUCCUUGUUUUUCUGUCUUCCUAUAUGUAAAUAGAAAUUUUGAGCCCCUCCAGUAAGUUAUGAAGUUACGAGAGACAGAAACAGUGUGUCAAGUUGUAUCAUACAGACCAGACCCGUGUGAAUGAAGAUCUAAACGAAGCAUGUUAUUACACAAGUGGUACACUUGGAGGUUUUUCCUAAAAUGUUUGCAGAGAAAGCUGUAAGGAAUGUUUUGUUUGUUUCUUCAGUAAAAUGAAAACAAUGGCCUUUCUUAUUAGAAUAUAUCUAUAUUUUAUACUUAUGAAGCAUACAGGUCGGUUUGUGUCCAAGAUAAUCAAAGAGAACAGUUUCUUGCGGUGCUUGAGGGUCUUCAUUCCAGCACACAGUUCCUGAAAAAUCUGCCUUUUCUCCUCUAACCUGACGGAGACCGUGGAGAAAACUGUCACAAUGAAGUUUGUCCUGUGUAGCCAGGUAUGCUGUCUGCAGAUAUUCAUGUAAACUAAAUCGUUUUACAAUGUUCCUUCAUCCCAAGCACCUUUUGUUUUAAAAAGAAAAUGUUUCCGAUCUAUUCACGUGCUUGCACACACACACAGAGGACCUCAGGUUUGAUCUCGGACUGUAAAAAGCAUCAGUUUCAUGUUACUCUGUGCUUCUUGGUAAAACAGCAGCUUCGUUUCACGAACGUUGCAUAUCAACACGACAGCGGUGUCGAUUUAUCGUAACAAUCACCUUCUUGUGUUUUACAGCAUAAAGUUAGAAAAUGAUUUGAGGGAAAGCACUUUUAUGAGCUGCGGGGUGCAGACUGUGCACACCCAGAAUGUGGUGAUCUAAAUAAAAAGAUCUGGAGGGUUGGCCCAUAAUAAUCUGCCCCAUUCUGCUGUACACUACAAUGCCUCACCUCUGCUGCAAGUGCCUCCUGAUGGGUGCUCCUGACCCUCAUUGAUGAUCAAAACUGAAUUGUGUGGCCUGACUUUUUUUUUUUUUUUUUUUGUACGUCUGAGAUAAAUAAUUUACUGACAAGAGGACGGUGGACUCAGCGGCCUCAGGAGGACGAGGACUGAGCUUGUACUUUCCUUCUCUCCCAAGGGCUCGAGAGGCUGAGCACAGUAACACAGUAGCCUUGCACUGAUGUCUCAAGCAUUC